CCUCCUUCCAUCAACCGGCAAGAAUCCCCUCCUUCGCUCACACUCCAUUCUCCUUUCUUCCCUUCUUCCACCGGCAUCUUCCUCUCUCCCCUUCCUACUUUCUUUCUUUUCUCUCUCUCUCCUCGCCUUUCCCCACCACCCACUCCCCCCUUCUUUGCCCUCGAUGCUCGACCAGUCGAGCACAUUGGAUGCAGAGCACCUCAUGGCCCUGAGGCAUGGCAAAAGGUUGGCUCCCUUGCCAGAACCAUUGGCGUCUGCCCCUACACCAAAGGCGCGCAAGGUCAGGGACGAGCUGUCGGACGAAGAAGAGAUUGGCUUUGUGCCCCAUAAUCGCGGGAACAAACUCAAACAUCGGGCGAACCCCAUCACGGGCGGGACACGACUUAUCGUCCCGGAAUUCAACAACCCCACAGUCGACGACAACGAAGAAGAGAUUCGAUCGAAUUUUCGGCGGUCCCUUGCUGCGACCACCGGCACAGCAGCCCCUGGAUCCAAAUCCUCAGUCGCAGCAGUAUCUACAGCAGCGGCUUCGAUCGGCAGGCGGGAAGUCAUCCAGAUUCGCCCCGUCGUUGCUGCAGGAAGCGAUGAUGUCACAGAGGAGAUUUCGGACGACGAGAAUCCCUAUGCGGGGAUCAAUAUCAGCGAGAUCCUGUCCCCAUUGGAGAGUUCGACCGAGAUUUUGCAGCGGCCGCAGCUGAGGAAGCUGUUUGAGAGUCCACAGUUGCAGAUCAUGGCCGUCCAUGCGAUGGCGAUGAUUGAGCGCGAAAAGAUGGUGAACAAGAUGAUGAGUCGGGUGGCGUUAAUCCUUCAGGGCGACGAUCCGUUAUAUCCGCAGCUGGGCUACGGAAUGGGAGAAGGGUGCUCGACCGCGAUGAGGGGGAAGCCCGAUCAGGAGGAGUUGAUUGAAGGCAAUAAGACAUGGCAGGAGCAUGGCGAGGAUCAGGAACAGGUUCAGAAGACCCUGGCCAUGUUGAUGGAAAACAUCAAUUGCAGCAAUCAGUAUAUCGACUUGUUGAACGAAAGCCGGGAUUCGGUCAACCAUGUGUUGAAGCAAAAGAGGCGGCUCUGGAAGAAGCUCAAGGAGAAACGCGAGCUUAUAAGGGCUCGUGCCCAGCCCAAGAACGGCAGAGCUCGCUAAGAAAGUUAAUUAAAUAACAACGACGGGGCCCUGCGUAGCAACAAACACCUUCAUCGAGUUUUCUUUUCCUUCAUCUUCUUUAUUCUCAAAUGAACACUUGUACACAUGCACCCAAUGUCAUUCCUUCAAGGAAUAGAAGUAUAUAUAUAUAUAAAAGAACCCGUACUUGUUGAAGGAACGGAGACAACAUUCGU